AUGGCUCUUCACCACGGCCGCUCUCUUAGUUUCCCAUCUUCAUCACAUCCUGCUGUUUCACAGUUCGAUGACAGCUUAUCCAGAUUGAGAUCUUCAGAAGCUACUUGUUCAUCCCUCUCAUCAUUCAACGGCAGAAUAAAUGGCCUAAGAAACUUGUAUGAGAGCAUUGACGAUUUGCUUCUUUUGUCUCACAUUCAACAGAUUGUUUCUGAGGAAUGUGUUGACGAUUACAUUAAGCUAUUGGAUGCUUGCAGUUCAGUUAAAGAUCUUAUCUCUCUUGCAAAGCAAGAUUUAAGAGAUCUUCUCUCUGCUGUAAGGAGAAAGGAUGUUCAAGGCAUCAAUGCCUACCUUGCUUCUAGAAAGAAGUCAAAGAAAAUGAUCCAAAAAUCUUUGAAGAACUUGAGACGUAGCGCCUCAGCCACUUCUGAGAAUGCUUCCAUGUUGAAAGAUGCAGAGUCUGUUGCCAUUUCCAUGCUCGAGUCUCUGCUGUCUUACGUGUUGGGGCACGAAAGCAAGAGAUCCUUGUGUCAAAGCUGA